UGAUUAUUUUUUAUUUUUUUCUUUCACUUGCUAUUUGUGCAAAUUUCUUUCAGUCUGUGUUCGCGUGUGUAUUGCCUGACAUUUGUUCUGAUUAAAGCUGACGAAUUUGGACUAUUACUUACUGUUUUGUGGCUUAGAAAUGAUAGGAAGCUAUCGACUGAUGUGAAUUGAAUUUACUUAAUCACGAAUUUGUGGAUUAUUUUUUUUACAUAAUAAAGACAAAGGAAAAGAAAAAAAAAGACAGGAAAAAUGUUUGUAGACUAAAAGUGACAAGUUUUUUAAGUGCCCUAAAAAAAGAAAAAAAAAUUUUAAGAUCCAGAAGUCAGCAUUAAUGUUAUCUUAAAGUUUUGUGUAUUUUCUGAAAGAAUCAACAAUGAAUUUCCUGUGGAUAAUACUUUUAAUAUCAUUCACAAAACCAUCAGAAGCAGAGAACUCACCAAGACGAUGUAUGCAUUUUGAAAGACGUAGAGUAAGCAAAUCAAGUGAACAGGAAGACGAUUCAAGAAAUGAAAUUCAGGAAGAUUCUGAAGCUGAUGAUGACAUGGAUCAGAAUUACACUGAUUUGAACUCUACAGAAAUGUCAGGACCUGCAACCAAUGUGUCCUGUCCAGGUUCACAAAACUAUUGUUUCUCAACAUAUUUACCACUAAAAGAUGGAAAGUAUCGACUUGAUAUGCAAGGAUGUUGGGAGCACAGGGAUAUUUGCAAUCAGUCAACAUGUAUGGCUGUUGAACGCAAAAAUGUCCUGUUUUGCUGCUGUAAUUCUGACUUCUGUAAUGCAAACUUUGUUUAUACGACUCCCAAGACAUCACCUGUAAUUGUAUCGCCAGAUGAUGGACAUAAUAAUAUCCAAACAAGAAUUCAAUAUAGAAGUUCUGCUAUAUGGAUAAGUUUUGCAUCAACCGGCAUUAUGCUUGUCGUUAUUGGCGUUGUCUUCUUUAUAUCCUGUCGAACUAAACCAAAGCCAUUAAGAGAAACUUCUCCAUUAGCACCAUCUGGUCCAGGAUAUUCAUCAAAUCUAUAUAAUGUCGAUAACCUCAAGCCAAUAUCAAUUAUUGGUGAAGGAAAGUACGGAACCGUUUGGAAAGGAAUGAUGAACGAUUGUCAGCCAGUAGCGAUAAAGAUUUUUAGUGCAAACAAGAAACAGUAUUUCCUUAAUGAAAUGGAUGUCUAUACGCAACCGUUUAUGGAUGUGUGUCCUGCUUUAUUGAAAUAUUUUGGAUGCGAUGAGCGUAUCAACUCAGAAGGCAAGAUUGAAUACUUACUCGUCUUAUCACUAGCUGAAUGCAGUCUUUAUGAGUAUUUAAAGCAAAAUUCAACAUCAUUCCCGAUAUUCUCGCGUAUGGCAACAUCAAUUGCACGAGGGAUCUCACAUUUACAUACAAGAAUUCAGAAAGCAGACAUGCUUAAAAUGUGUAUAUGUCAUCGGGACAUCAACAGUCGAAAUAUCCUCGUAAAAGCAGAUCUCACAUGCUGUAUAUGUGAUUAUGGAUUUGCAACAAAAUUGAGUGGAUCACGUUAUGAAUAUCAAGGCGAAAUGAUACUGGCUGAAACGAAAAGCAUUUAUGAAGUCGGUACAUUACGUUAUAUGGCUCCGGAAAUUUUAGAAGGCGCUGUUAAUCUACGGGAUUGUGAGCUUGCAUUAAAGCAAAUUGACGUUUAUUCGCUCGGAUUGGUUUUAUGGGAAUUAUGUAUGAGAUGUCAGGAGUUUUAUCCAUCUGAAAUGCCAACACCGAUAUAUAAAGCACCAUAUGAGGCAGAAAUUGGUAUUCAUCCGACAUUCGACCAAAUGAGAGCAUUAGUUUUACAACAUAAAGCUAGACCAUUAUUUCCACCUCAAUGGGGCGGUGGAACGGCAGCACAUGCAAUUAAGGAGGUUUGUGAAGACUGUUGGGAUCCAGAUGCUGAAGCUCGUCUUACAUCAUUGUGCGUUGAAGAGAGAUUGAUUGAGAUAUCCACUUUAAAGCCACGAUCUCAUUAUGUCACAAUGUCAACAUCAUUAAGCACAAAUAAUAAAUUAAUAAUAACAGCAAAUAAUAAUUAUAAUAACAGUAUAAGCAGCCCAACUCGAGAUUUUUCGUCAGCCAUUCCACCAAAUCAAAUAUCUACAAACAGAGUCGAGAAUACAUGCGAAACAUACAUUUCUAGUCCAUCAAAUGAUUAUGGAAGCAUUCAAAAGAAUCGGGAAUGUUAUGGACAACAAAUUCAACAAUUUCAAGGACGAAAUUUAUGUUUGGAAAGGAAUUUGGUACAAAUCCAUCAAGCUGAUCAAUCAAAUGAUGAAAUAAAGUCAAUAAAGAAGGCUGCAUUAUGUAAUGGCAAUCAAUUGAUCAAUAAUCCGACGGGUAAUGAUAAUUUCUAUAAUGGAGAAUAUGAAGUAUUAGUUGAGGAAUUGCUGACGAAAAAAUUAGCAUGCACAAGUUCCGCAACGUCACGUGAAGUAUUACAAAAGAAAAAUAAUUCCGAGAAGAAGUCGACACGAUGGAGAGACAUAAUUCAUGCAAAAUUUCACAUGAAGCGACGGAACCUGAAUGCAUUAAAUGUUGAAAAUGUUCAGCAAAGCUUCUCAUCGCCAGUACGUAAAGUCACCAAUGAUAUCGUUAUUAAUUGUGAUGAUAAACCGAAUAACAUUCAAAGACCCAAAAAUUUAGACUUAAUAUCCCCAAUUGUCAUAAGCUGCUCGAUAUCUGAUGAAAUCCAAAGCUACAAAACUCCAUUAAAUGACCCCAACAGUGAUUCAUUCACAGUCAUUCAAGCUCCAACAAAAAUUGUCACCUCAAAGUCAGCAACAUUAAAUACAGUAACUUCAGAUGAUUCCAGUGAAAGCAAUCAGUUGAAACGCCAACGAUCGCUUGAAGUUUUCCGUGAAGUAUUCGGACCAUCGAAAGUAAGUUUAAGGGAUGUUCAAUGUAGAGUAAAGACUCCAGGCGAUUUGCCAGCUAGUGUAAGGAAGGUCAGAGCAUCAAAGACAUUGUCAUUGUACGAUGAUCGUAUUAUGGAUCCAAAUGAAUACAGACACAAUAAUAAUAGUUUAUAGCAUGAGGAAGUCUUGCUAUUAGAGUUGUAAAAUGGAAUUUAUUAAUGAAUUAUUCUAGUCAUCUUUUCCUCCUCUUUAUAUAUACAUAUACCUAUAUUCAAAAUGGUUUGAGGGUGUAUCCAGGGGAUUCCAAGGAAGGGGCAUGAAUAGGUUCUUAAAUAAUUAGAAACUUUAUUAAAAAGAUUUGAUUGGUAUUUUUCCAAUGGGUGCCUACAACAAUGUAGACCGUUAUUUUUUCUAAAAUUCAAACCUGUUUCGAAAAAAUUCGAAAAAUAAUUUUUUAUAAAAAAUUUUGAAAUUUUAAAGACCGUUAAAUUUAUUUAUGAACAAAAAUCAAUUCUUCGACGCAAAUUUGUUUUUUGAAUGUAACAAUCGACAAUGAAGCUCAAGUUUUGAUCGAAAAGUUACAAAAAAUAAUAUUAAAUUUUCAAUAGUCUUUGAACAAUGCUCAAAUGGAAUUUCAACCUGACUAAGAACAAUAUCUGAAAAUUUUGUCUUGAAUGUGUUACAAUCACUUACAGCAGAAAUCUCACUUCCGUCGACACUUAUGUUGUUUGAUUUUAAAAAUAACAACCAUUUAUCUUUGUUUAAUGAGUGCUUAGGUACUUCAAAAAGAUUUGUAAUUGUUUUAUUUUUGUUGCAGCUUGCAAUUUUGCAGGUUUUACCCAUAAUUAAUGAAAAUUAAUCAAAAUUUUACUGAUGUAAACAAAUAUAAUUUUUUGAUGAAAUAUUUUUAACGGAAUUUCAUUUUUUGAAAAAAAUUCAAAUUCGAAUUUUCGAUUUCGAAGAAUAAGGACCAUUUUCGAAGAAUAAGAAUCAUCGGCACCCAUUGGGUAUUUUUGUAUCAGAAUAUUGGAGUUGUGCGGGGAGAGGGGGGGGGGGGGGGGUACUUAAUGAUAUUCACGAAGAAAUGGGUCUUAGAUCCAAAAUAUUCUGUCAGAGCCCAAUUGCAUUCAGAUGGCUCAGUUUUAGAACUAAUCGUUAAAGGAACAUUGUGCAUUAUAAGGAUGAUUAUGUUCUCCCUUCCCCCCCCCCCCCCCCAAUACAUACUCAUACAUUUUAUGAAGAUUUGAGAACGUGUCGAAGGGGGGGGGGGGGUAUUAUAGUAAAUUGAAAGAUUGAAUUGUUUAAUUGAUAGAAGAGGUAUGACUUAGUGUGACCUAACCUCAAAAUUAAGCAAAGGACCUUCUUAGAUCUCUAGAUACACCCCAGAACCCAGCCUAAACUCUUAGCAGCAAAACAUGAUAAAAUACUGCACAAUUUAUAAAUAAUAAAAUGAAAUUAGUCGGUAAGAAUUAAAGUGCAUUAGAAAGCACUCUAAAUACUUAAGUGGCUCUACAUGAUACUCAGCGUAACUAUUAUAAUAAUAAUAAUAUAUAUUCUUUCUACCUAAGACAUUUAGACAUAAAUUCUUCAAUUAUUUAUAUACAUUUAAUUAAAAAUGAAAAAUGACCACAGAAAAAAAAAUUUUGGACUUAUUGGACGAAUUAAGUA